AUGUUAGUACCUCCUACUUUCUAAUUAGAGUAACAAACAUUCCAAAAACAUGAGGGCCAUUUUCUUCUUUCUCCUUAUUUCCAUGGCAGCGGCAACUGCCAAAGCGUCCCACGCACAGUCUAUUCCCAACCAAAUCCACCCUCUACGGCCGACGGCUGGUUCCGCCGGCCGCCACGUUCCUCAAAUCAACUGCCUGAGCUGGCGGCUGGCAGUUGAAACCAACAACAUCCAAAACUGGAAAUUAGUGCCCCUUCAAUGCGAAAGCUACGUAGGGCACUACAUGCUUGGGAAGCAGUACCGCGACGACUGCAACGCUGUGGUCGUCGCGGCUAUUCAGUAUGCCAAAACCCUCAAAAUUGCCAAAGACGGCAAAGAUGUUUGGGUCUUUGAUAUUGAUGAAACCACUCUCUCUAACCUUCCUUAUUAUGCUCGUUCUGAUGUUGCCUUUGGGGCAACAAAAUUCAACGGGACGAAGUUUGACGGGUGGACAAGAGAAGGAAAAGCACCAGCAGUGCCAGGAGCUCUGUUUCUGUAUAGAACAUUGUUGGCUAUGGGUAUUAAACCAGUCUUUAUCACUGGAACAAAAGAAGAAUUCAGACAAGUCAGGAUUGCUAACCUAAAAAAAGUUGGCUACCAUUCUUGGGUGAAGCUCAUCUUGAAGGGAGUAAAUGAUACAGGAUCCUCAGUAAUGUACAAGUCAGGGAAAAGGGCAGAGUUGGUGAAAGCUGGAUAUAGAAUUGUUGGCAACAUAGGAGACCAGUGGAGUGAUUUGCUUGGUGAUUUUGUUGGAGACCGCACUUUCAAAUUGCCGGAUCCAAUGUAUUACAUUGGUUGAAAAACUAAUUACCCACUUCGACAUUAUUAGGGUUUCUGUUUCAGAAUAUCAUGAUUGAAAUUGAACUUAAUGUCGAGUAAUUUAACAGUCCUGGUUUUUAUUAGGAUAUGUAUUUGUUUUUGAUUCUUCAAAUGUUCUACACCCCAAUCUCCUCUUUUUGUGUUUUCUUUCUGUAAUCUCAAUUUGGUGAAGAAAUGACAAGUGCAGUUAAUUCA